AUGGUUUGGAGACGGCACAUCUUAAGCAAACUCCAUGAAAUGGGAAUCGGUGGCAACAUGUGCCAUUUCGUCAAAAACUUCAUCAACAAUAGAAAUAUUCAAGUCCGUUUCAACAAUAGUCUGUCACAAAAAACCUUAAUAGAAAAUGGUGUAUCACAAGUGUCCGUCCUUAACGUCGCGUUAUUCCUAAUACCUAUUAACGACGCCUGCUGUAUUACCAAACCUCCUGUUAUUACAAGAGUACUUGCUGACGACAUCACCAUUCUAUGUAAAGGAAAAUCCAUUAACACCACGCAACAGCUCAUCCAACAAGCUCUUAACAAACUCCACAACUGGCCGCCAUAUCCACCAAUCCAAUUAUCUACGAAGACUACUUCCCUAGGAAUAAACGAAAUACAAACUACCAACUGCACAACUCUCCCCUCCACCACAGAAUUCAAAUAUACCUCGACGAACUUCAAUUCAAGCUACCGGCCAUGGAAAAAAACAGACCCCAUAAAAUACCUCUUAUCACUCACAAAGAACAAAAAGGACGAGCUAAACGUAAAUGAGUGGAAAGAACUAUUCUCCACCUUGUGCAAAGUUUAUACUAACUUCACCCACGUCUACACCGACGGGUCGAAGGACAAAAUGGGUAGAACAGGAGCGACCGUAGUCAUGCAAAAUAAAACAGCUAAAUACGGCUUAAACCCCAUCAACAGUAUACACACAGCUGAAGCAUACGCACUUCUCUCGGCUCUGAAUCUUAUAGACAGUUCUCCUGAACCUAAAUUUAUCAUUUUCUCCGACUCCCUUUCCUCCAUUGUGAAAAUACAAAACACGAAACAAACCACCGAAAUUUAUACCGAAAUCCAUGAAACCUACUAUCAACUGGUCAAAUCCAACAAAACAAUAACAAUAGCAUGGAUUCCAUCUCACAAGGACAUAUUUGGAAAUGAAAUGGCCGACCUGGAAACGAAAAUUGCAUCAACCCAACAACAACCAACCGAUACUCAACACGUUCGCAGAUAUCAAUAG